UAUCCGGUUGUGAGAAAAAUAUACGUGGUGGUCUUCUGUGCCCAAGAUGUUCAUAGAUGAGAGGAUUGUAACUCUGUUCAAACGAAACGCCCAUCACACACUGACUUACUGGAGCGUUUUCUUCAGCUUUGGACUGUGCAUUGCUUUUCUUGGACCUACAAUAUUGGACUUGCAAUGUCAAACAAACUCAACGCUGAGUCAGAUUACCUGGGUCUUCUUUUCUCAGCAGUUCUGCUUGCUGAUUGGCAGCUCGGUUGGUGGCGUUUUCAAGAGAACGUUAUUCAGUGCUCUAGCUGCCCUGUUUGUCUCUGCUCUUCUCAUCUCUGUAAUAUUUGCCAUCAUUCCUGUAUGUAAUAAUGUCCUCGUUCUGGCCAUCGCCAUGGCUGUGUCUGGUCUGGCAAUGGGGCUUAUUGACACCAUUGCUAACAUCCAACUGGUCACCAUCUAUCAGAAGGACUCGGCCAUUUUCUUACAGGCUCUGCACUUCUUCAUCGGGUUUGGAGCCCUGGUGAGUCCACUGAUUGCAGAUCCUUUCCUCUCGGAGACAGGCUGUGGGAAUCAUACGGGGAACGAGACCGAGAUCAUGCAUCAUUUCAGGAGCAUGCUGAGAUACAGUCCAAUUGCGGAGCACAACAUAACUCAGAGCCACCUGUCUCAUGAUGGAAUAGAGAAGGAGGAGCCAGUUGUGCAAUAUGCUUUCUGGAUCAUGGCGCUCAUUAAUCUGCCUGUGCCCAUUGCUGUGCUGUUUCUCAUGUAUCGGGAGAACUUACUCCCACGCUGCCCUGGCAGCACUCCACGUCUUCUAGACAAGGAUGAACUAGCAAUGGAGACCCAGCAGGGGGCCGAGGGCCCAGACUUGGAGCAGAAGGAACAGGAAGCUGGAGGUCAUGGGAGUAUCUUCAGCUGCUGUCAGAAUGAUAACCUGCAUGGACUGCCAGUAUCCUUCUUUAUGAUUCAUAUCCUUGGAGGGAUGGUGCUCUUUAUGACCGAUGGCAUUGUGGGAGCGUAUGCUGGCUUUGUGUACACCUACGCUGUGGCCCCACCGAUGUCGUUGCCGAACAAGACGGCGGGUUAUCUGGCUAGUAUUUUCUGGGCAGCGAUCACAGCUGGACGCCUCUUGUCGAUUCCUCUCUCAUAUCGCUUCCAACCUGUGCGGUUACUCAUGUUAAACCUGGCAGGAGCUAUUGUUACUGUGUUGAUGCUGCUCAUUUUCUACACCAGCAGCACCUUCCUGUUUGUUGGAACCUGUUUAUGUGGACUUUUUUUGAGCAGCAUUUUUCCCUGUAUGCUUGCCUACACUGAGGAUAUCCUUGAUUACCAGGGAUGUGCAACCUCUGUCCUGGUGACAAGCGCAGGGAUGGGAGAGAUGGUAAUGCAGGUCCUGGUUGGCUCAAUCAUUCAGACUGAAGGAAGCUACAGCUUCCUGUUGUGCGGAAUGAUAAUCGCCUGUGUUGGGUUUAUCCUCUUCUUUGGUCUCCUGCUUUUCCAUCGAAUGCACAGAAAUUACCUCACAGGAACAUCAAAGAAGUCAGCGAUGGUAGAAGAACCAGCAGCAGACCAGAAUGGAUCGGCCAAAGCAGAACAGAAAGAGAAUGACGACACUGUGACAAUUUCAUAGUUUUGAUUUUUUUCUUUUUCUUUUAUUGUGUAAAUUGUACUAGUCACAAAGGUUUCUCGCUUUUUAUGGCUAGAUUGUUGGAAAUGAGAAAGGACAGGCCAAGAUUUUGAAAGUGGACAUGUGGUAAAAGAUUACAAGCAGUUAACAUCUUACCAGAGACGUGUUAAUCUCACGUCGUCUCUAUUUUUGUAAAAUUAAAGCAUAGGGUUAGUUUGAAGGGGAUCAAGACUCAACUGGACUUUAACCAUUUUAAAACCACUAUAAUCUCAAAACAUUUACAGUGAUUUAAGCAAACCUUAUUGGAUUAGUUGAUUAGUUGUCAAAYCAACWAAUCUAUAUUGCUAAAUGAAGACCCAAUAAUGGCUUACAUUAUGAGACAUAAACUGCUUAUUACCUUUUAACAGAACCUCACUUCCAAAAUCCUAAAAUAUCCAUWAAAAACAUUUUUAUACUUUGAUGUUUUGCAUAUCUCGCCACAUUUGUUYGUAAGAGUAAUACAUACAAAGUUAUUGUAAUAAAGUUUAACAAGUCAAAUGUUUGUUUUCUUUGCUUUGAAGAACAACUGUUUACAAAUGCAGCCUCUGUCUUUCAAUUUAUCCAACAUGUAAAGAGAAAAACUCAGAUGUUUUCCAGGAAUAGAAAAGUCAUGCAGGCCUCAUCCAACCUUUCUACAGAUAACAAUUAAUCUAUAUCUUCAACCAGAGGACCAGUUAGAAAAAUAUAAGCUUCCACUUUAGCACAAGAUGAUUCUUUAACACAUUUAUUUAGAAAAGUAUAUAAAAUUAGAUUUUCAUCUUUUAAAACAGCAACACAUACCUGCAGUUCUAGGCUUAAGAUUUGACUGUGUUGCUUGAAUUUGUGUGCAGUGACAGAAAACAUUAGCAGUCAAAUCACAAUCUGGAUACAAAUUGAGUCUGAGAACCCAUUUAGACACCAAACAUUUGAAGAUAAACAUGUUUGACAUCUCCAGUUAUGCAGAAAGAAGGAAGGYGAUGCGUCAUAAGCAGGGAUUUGCAAUCAGCUUUAAAGAAUUCACAUAAAAAAUKGAGAACUUACCAAAUGAAGGCUUCCUUUACUGCAUUUCUUCUUUUGUCUUUAAAAGCUGASAUGAUAUUUUUCUGGAGGUCAGAGAAAGUCAGAAAGCAGAAGCGAUCCUGUUAAGUUCCACAGGUUA